UUUUCUCCGUCGAUAAAUAUGUAGUUUAAGAAAACUAUUUUGUAUUCCUUGACAAGAUACCACGUAUCUCUUCAAAGUUUAUUUAUUACUUAGUUUACUUAUUACUAGUAUAGAUCUUUUAAUAAUUGAUGAAUAAGAUGAAUAUGCCAAUAGAGGAGAGUAAUAUACAACAAAUGCUUAAUAAGCUGUCAGAAAAUGAGAUAAUUGUGAAAGAGAAAUUAGACAAUUUAUUGUCUAGACAUUGCUACAUAGAAUCGAAAUUACAAAAUAUAAAUAAAGUAUUACCUAAGGUUGUUUUUAUUCGUGGUGAAGCAGAAAAGUUUCGGAAUAUGAUUAAACAUACAAAUGAAUUAGCUGAAAAUGUAAGCUCUAAAGUACGACAGCUUGAUUUAGCAAGAAGCAGAGUAUGUGAAUGUCAAAGAAGAGUUAAUGAUAUAUUAGAUCUACAAUUAUGUAGUGAAGGUGUUGCAACAGCUUUACAAAAUGAAGAUUAUGAACAAGGAGCUGCUCAUGUUCAUCGCUAUCUAUCAAUGGAUCAACAAUUGCUUGAAAGAACAGCUGAAGAUGUAUCAGGGGAUCCUAGUACUAUUAGUAGCUCUCUUUUCACAUUGCAACAAGCAGCUGUACAACUAAGGACAGUAGUUACUCAUAAAUUUGAUGAAGCUGUUAAAUCUGAAGAUUUAGCAUCUGUUGAAAGAUUCUUUAAAAUAUUUCCAUUAUUAGGAAUGCAUUUAGAAGGCUUAAAAAAGUUUUGUAGUUAUUUAUGUUCCAAGCUUCACGAUACAGCACAAAAAAAUUUGAAAGCUGCUUUAGAGAUAAAAAGCAAUGAUAAACGAGCAUCUGUUAUAUUUGCGGAUACUAUGACCUUAUUAUUUGAAGGAAUUGCUCGAAUUGUAGAGGUACAUCAACCUAUAAUAGAAACAUAUUAUGGACCUGGGAGACUUCUAAUGACUGUAUCUAUAUUACAAAAAGAAUGUGAUAGGCAAGUUAAAAAAAUUGUUGUAGAAUUUAUGAAACACAGAAAUAUAUCUAAAAAAGUACAAAUGAUAAAUGACUAUGUCAGAAAACCAAAUUCAGAAAGAACUGAUCCUAAAGAACUUGAUCUUUUAUUAGGUGAAAUCACUAUAAUGCAUUCAAGGGCAGAGCUAUAUAUUCGUUUUUUAAGACGAAGAGUUAAAAAUGACAUAGAAAUUAGUACCACAAAUACUACACAAUGUACAGAUCUAUUAAAUGAAUUUGAAAGAAAUAUUUGCAAUUCUGAGUUAGCUCAUAAUAUGCAAGAACUUAUAGGUGCUUAUCUUGCUUUAGAAAGAUAUUUUUUGGAAGAGAGUGUUAAUAAAGCUGUUGGUAUGGACACAUUAGAGCAAGAUCAACAAAUAUCUAGUAUGGUGGAUGAUGUUUUCUUCAUAGUACAAAAAUGUGUAAGACGUUCUAUAUCAAGUUGGAGUAUAGAUGGUGUUUGUGCUGUUAUCAAUAUAGCUUGUGAUAUAUUGGAAGGAGAAUUUGCCAACAGAUUAAGAAAUAGAUUGCGUCAAGGAUAUCUAGCAGGAUACUUGGAUUUAACACAAGCAUAUAGUGCUUUACAAACAAGUAUACAACAUGGGCGUUUACAAACAUCAGACACUGAACUUGCCCGUCUUAUGUUUUUGGCAUAUUUAAAUAAUACAGAUGUUAGUAUUGAAUAUGUUGAGACAUUAUGCAAAACUCUGAAUGCAGAAAUAGGUGCAACCUUUCCUAAUAUGGUAGAAAAAGAUAGAGGAAAAAUAGAUAGUUGUCUUUCUGGUUUGAAAGGAGUAACUUCUAUUUUAAGGGCUAUUACUGAUUAUGGGUUAGAACAAUUACGUGUAAGUGCUGUAAAACCUAGAGUAACACCUUGGGUAGAUGCCUUUUCUUCCAUAGAUCAUCAUAUUAAUGAGGAUGAAUUAUUAAGAUAUGAAACGGAUGAACCUUUUGUACAAAUUUUAGUAACAAAUUUAGAAGGUUUACUUCAAGGUUUUAAGGGUCAUUUAACAACAUCAAAUUAUGAUGCUCUUAUUGGUAUUUUGACUAAAGAAGUUACAGCACGUUUAGAAAAAGUUGUUCUGAAAUCGACCUUUAACAGAGCUGGUGGACUUAUUUUAGAUAAAGAAAUUAGAUCAUUAGCUAGUUAUUUGGCAGCAGCAACAUCAUGGUCUGUACGAGAUAAAUUUGCACGUUUAACUCAAAUAGCAACUAUAUUGAGUAUAGAAAAAGUUGAGGAAUUGGCAGAUUAUUGUGGUGCAGAUGCAAUAGCAUGGAGAUUAACUACUGCAGAAGUUAGACACAUUGCAUCUCUUAGAAUAGAUCUUAAGCCUGAAGAUAUUAAAAGAUUUAAGAUUUAGUUUCUAUUAUAUCUUUAUUUUAAAACAGUACUCUUUUAAUUCCCUAUGAAUAAACGAGGGCUUCACUAGUGCAUAAAUUUUAAAUUACUCAUUUAUAUUUAUCAUCGUUAAAAAAAUUUUUUUUUUUUUUUAA